AAUAUUCAAAUACCCGCCCACCACUCAACGGAAGUGAAGCAUGUAAGACCGUCAAGUUCAACAAACUUCCUUUCUAAGUAGUACUUAACAGAAAUUCCAAGGGAAGUUCAGCAAAAUGGAUCCCAAAUCAUUCCAAGAUUCUCAGAACAACAACUCACGGGCCAAUUUUUGCCGUGUUAACUGCACCAUUGACACCGUCUUGGAAGAAACGCUUAGCGAUAUCGACGAGUUUAUUCAGUCUGAGCUGGGGUUUGCACCUCUAAUUGCUACUGAACCAUUAACAGCCGCAGAGUUACACGAUUUAAGCUCCCUUCUGCAAAAUCGGCAAUCGUCGGAAGAAUCAGUCUUGGGUAAUACGCUAGGAAACGGCGAGGCAGCCAGCAUCGUGUCCAGUCCUGAGUCGUCAAACAAGGUUUCUGAAGUUGACGUGGAAAUUUUGAUAAUGGGCCUCAAAGAUGUUUACGACAAAAAGACCAAGAAAACUAACGAAGGAUUAGAAUAUCGCUUGGAAAACUCGGAAGUGACAGUUGUGAUCCGAGCAUCUGAUGAAAUCACCAGUGUUCGUGCUUAUACUCAGAGAUGUGCCGAAGCUGCGAUUAGAACACACGAUACCAUUGGUCCAGUUGAACUAGAUGUAAAUAUUCUCCAAAGCGACCCAAGAUGUCGAGUUGUCUCGGUGGAUCUUGGGUCGGUGUACAAGACACAGGAAGGAGAUCCAGUGUACUGGCUAGAAAAGGCAGAAGUCAUGCAAAGGAACAAAUGGGAAAUGGUUAUUGCAAUGGAAUUUAGUUCAGGCUUCAAAGGAACUGUUACGUCAGAAGCGUUCAGAGUUACGACCAAAGCAAGUUAUAAGAUGAGACGAAAUGGAGAUGUGCCAAGUUGCGGUAACGUGCAGCGUUUAUUCCGUAAAAUCAAUUCGUCCACUAGCCAUGAGGACACGGGUAUUCCUUUUCAUCUAAACCGUGGAAUUAAAAAAGAAUUUGCUGAUCGCGACGCUUGUGCUUUGAGUCGAGAGCUAUUUGGAUUUAGCUUGAAGGAGGAAGAUGAUUGGGCAAAAGAGGACCAAUCUGCUGGAAAUUCUGGAUCAGAUUUGAAGUCUAGUUCAGCUCUUUCGACUGACAGGAAGAUCUUGCUUCAACAUCACACCGUUUUAGAUAAACAAAUGGUCACAAAGUAUUAUGGCCAUAACCCAAAGGUUCGCUAUGUUGUUGAACAGCCUGAGCUUCCAGGUAUGCUGAAGCUGGUCGGGAAACAAGCUGUGUUGGUCAACGCGCGUCGAAAGGCAAAUGGACACAAGAACGCUGAAGAAGAUUUCUGGUGGGCUUGCGGGCAUUGCUUCUUCGAACGUCGCAAGAAAUCUACCAUAAAAGCUCACGUCAUUCAAAGGGUUUGUCAAAAGUCGGUGGAGAAUAAAAAAUCAAGAAGAAAGUUGACAGCCCGCCACUUUAGUCAGAGCGACCUAGAGGAGCAUAGCUUUGAAGGUUAUUCGUGGAAGAGCUCUCUUUCUGUCUAAGAUAAUGCCAGAUGGGAGGUUAUCGUUAUGUUAAAUGUUCGCCUGGGCCUUCUGGAGAGCACUGCCAGCACUGUCACCAUACGGUAGUUAAACUUUUGGUACUUUGUCUUUCUUUGAAAUUACCAAAGCUGAAAUUUAGUUAAGUGCGCAUUGAAAUGACAUAAGUGAUAUGAAGUAUUAUGAUAUGACUAGCUCCUUGAGCGGGUAAGGUAAACCAAAUCCUGCACUGUGAUUGGCUAGCCGAAGAGGCAGGAUGGCGAUAUCUUGCCUGCUCGGGAUUACGCACUGUGUCCCGCAAGAAAAAUUUGCUCUCCAUCCCAUGCAAUAAAUCCUCAAUUGACCUAGCACUGGCCUCGUUCUUUUUUGCGUGGCUAUGGACCUCGGCUCCGUCUCGUUUCAUAAACACGCCAAAAAAAAAAAAA